AAUUCACUCUUAAUUACUGUUCCAUUGGGUGCCCAUUUUGACUCCUCAAUUAAUGCCCAUAUUCCCAUGUAAUUCUGUUUCUUUUGUGUGUGUUAUAAAUUGAAUCCCAUUUCCUCUUAUGCUUCCUCCUUACCGUCUGACCCUUUCUCUUCUCUACCUUUUUUUGUGGUGGUGGGGAUAAUGGAAGCUCCAGAGGAAAUCACAAUGGGGUUUAAAGAACAAACCAACAUCAUUAAAGGGAAGAGAACCAAGCGUCUCCGACCUCAAUCCCCUAUCCCUUUCCCUCUUUGCAACAGUGAAGAUGACACCAAGAUGUCUUCUUCUGAAUAUGUUGACAGCACUGAGAAGGAAGAGGACAUGGCCAACUGCUUAAUUCUCCUUGCUCAAGGCCAAUCCAAGGAUCAAUCUCCCAAACAAGAGGAUGUCGACACCAGGACGAUUUACCAUAAAUUCAAUAGUAAGAGGUUCAUGGAGGCACAUUCUACCGGUGGUGGUAAAGCAGGAUAUUAUGUUUAUGAAUGCAAGACUUGUAGUAGGACAUUCUCGUCGUUUCAAGCGCUUGGCGGACACAGGGCCAGCCACAAGAAGCCUAAGACCGCCGUGGUAGUGGAGGAGAAGAGGCAUUUCUUCGAUGAAGAGGAAGGACAAUUCUUCGAAGUCAUUAAGAACAACAACAUCAUCUCUUCUAAUCUAACGCUUCAAUUGAAUAACCAUAACAAUAACAAAGGAGGUUUGUAUAUGAAUUACAACAACAGGGCAAAGGUUCACGAGUGCUCCAUUUGUGGUGUAGAGUUCACCUCUGGUCAAGCCUUAGGCGGCCAUAUGAGGCGGCAUAAAAGACCAGUGGGAAAUACCGGCACCACCCUGUUAUUGGCACCCAUGGCAGCGAUAAUAGAAACAGAGCAAGCCAAGAAACAGAGGAGCAUUUUGUCCUUAGACUUAGAUCUCAAUCUUCCGGUCCCAGAAGAUGAUCACCGGGAAUCCAAGUUUCCCUUGGCUUCCAAGCAACAACAAGAACCAAAGCCGCCAUCGCAACAACAACAAUCAAAAUUGCAACAACCUCUUGUCCUCUCCACCCCUGCUUUGGUGGGUUGCCAUUAUUGAUCCUUCGAAGGUUAAACAAAAAUUUUCUCUUUUGUUUCCAUAUUACACCACACACAUGUCAUUCAAACCUGGGUUUGGUGUUAAUCAAUUACCCACAAAUAUUUUGUGAUUUUUUCCCCAUUUUAUACAAAAAUUUACAAGAUUCUUUAGAUUCUUUCCAUCUAAUCUAAUUGAUGAAAUAUUCAUGAUUAUUUGGAUCGAACUCUAAUUCAAUUCUUUGAUAAAGCAAAGAAUGUUAUGCUUUUCUUUUGUAAUCAAAAUGUUCAUGUAAGGUUGAUGAUGGCUAUCUUUUCAAUUGGGUUUUGUCAAUCUUGAGUACGGAAAUGCAUUACACACUCUUUAGAGAAAGGAAGAGAAAGUAAAAGUGAGUCUUUUUUGGGGGAUUUAUGGCUUAGGUUUCCCUUUUUGGCUUGCAAGAAAAAUUUUAUUUUCUC